GGAAACAGCCUCCGCACGAUAAAUAGCCCGAGUGUAUGUGAGGGGCGGGGGGGUUCAGGGAGUCCAGGGCCAGAGCCCCACCUAGCCCCUGCCGACCCUCUCUCACUAUUCUGGACAAAGCAACCUCACAACAGACGAGCAACAGGGCAGUGACUGUACUUUCUGUGUCAGUGGUCCGGAGACCUCCGGUCGGACUGUUUGGGAGGUGCUCUGCUUCUUACUUCCGGUGGCGGAGAGGAGCAGUUGCUAUGGUAAUCUAAAAAAGGCGGAGGUCUGUUCGGCUGCGCUGAGAGAUUCGAGGAACUACUCUAAAGAAAAUUGGCUGCUCUUCUUGAAUGGCCAGCAAUCCUGGAAGUGAUGCAGCUUUGGGUACUCACAAAUCAAUGCUUUCAGGGAGUCCCCGCACAAAGAAAUUUCCACCAACUGAACAGGAGGUAUUUUAUAUGAAUUGUCGGGCCGCCUACUUAACCAUCUUCAAAAGCAGCUUGGAAAACAUUGUUUCUAAGGGUCAACUUUACCUAGCUCUUCAGCAUGCAGGAAGAAAUCCAUCCCAAAAGACCAUUAAUAAGUAUUGGACUCCUCAAACUGCCAAACUGAAUUUUGAUGAUUUUUGUAUAAUUUUAAGCAAGGAAAAACCUACUUCAAAAGCAGAAUUGCUAAAAUCAUUUAAACAGUUAGAUGUAAACGACGAUGGCUCUAUUUUACACUCUGACCUUCAUAAGUAUCUAACGAAGAGAGGUGAGAAGAUGACUCAGGAAGAAGUAAAUGCUGUAAUAAAUUUGGCUGAUGUGAAUGCUGAUGGAAAGUUUGACUACAUUAAGUUUUGUAAAUUAUAUAUGACAACCAGCGAGCAAUGUCUCAAGACUACACUAGAAAGACUGGAGGCUGACAGUAAACUGAGGUGGCAGCAGUUUGGAAGCCAUAGCGAAGGGUCCCCUGAAAGAGACUCAUCUCCAGCGCCAAAACCGUCACCUAGAAUCAUAAGAAAAAAUGACCAGGAAACAUUCUCAAGUAAAGGUGACCCAAGCCAUUCCUUACUGUCAACAACUAGAAAGUUCAAAACAUCUGUUUCCUUCACAAUUACCAUGAGUGCUAAUAGUAACCGAGAGUCCAAGUUAACAGAGCCAAACCUAAAGGUAUAGUACUUUAAAUGAACUU